GCAUCUCCUUGCUCAUCAAAUCAAACACCGCCUUCCACUCCAAACUCCAGACUCCAGACUGCCGGAUCCCACGCCUUUCAUGGCCGCUUGACAUCGGCGCCUCUGCCGCCAGCACCGCAUCGAUAUCCGCCACAUGCCUACCAUGGGGCACGCCUGGCUGGACUCGCUGUCCGAGGACUGGGUCUCCCAGCCCGGGUCGGACGCAUCCGCCGCCGCAUCGCCCUCUGCGGACACGAAGCCGCUGCCGAAGCCGAAGAUGCCUAGCAGGAUCCCGCGCUUCAGUCCCCGCGCCAAGAAAUACCCGAGUAACGGUGCGGAGGCCAACAACAACAGCACGGCCAGUCACAACGCCAGCAGCGGCAGCAACGUCCUUGGCGAACGAAGCAUUAACGAGCGGCUUGCCGCCCUGUCUCGCCGCACCCCGUCUAAGCUCUCGCAGGAGCUCAGCCCAGGCGGUGUCCGUGACUGCCUUGCCUGCCGCACUCGCACUGCCUCCAUGUCGACGACCAACUCGGUCGUCCGCAGGUCCAUUCAUCGCAAAUCCACGAGCGCAUCGCAGAGCAAGGGCAAAGGAGGCGAGACGCCCGAGUGGAAGCGACGCCUGGUCUACGGAGAACUCUCUUACGGGGAGCAGCGGGACCUUUUCACCUCGGCCGGGGAAGGUCUAGAGAACAUCUUCAAGCCGCCCCAAGCAGCAACGCCUGGUCCGUCACGGGACGGCGAAACCGAAGUCUAUCGUCAGGAAAAGGAGUCACGAUUGGAUGCUACCGUGCCAUCUAGUCCCCCGCCACAUCAACGCAACCCCUCGACCGUCGAUAUCCACGUGGACGAGUCGAUGCAGGAAGAAUUGCCCCCGAAAGAGCAGAAAAGGGCCGUCACGUCGAUGCGAUAUAGGCGCACCGAAGAAUCGGCCGAUACAAGCAAGGCUUCCGCGUUGAGCUUGCCCGAUUCUGCGAACCGGUCGCGGGGAGCCUCCGUCGCCAACCACACCGCCCUCACCGACGACGUGGCCGGCGAGUCGCGCAAGGUCAGUGGCCGGAGCGACGUGCGCUACGAGGACUUCAGCCCCAUCUUGCUCGAGCGGCGCCAAGCUAGCAACGGCCAGACGACCUUCAGUCCCGCGGAGCUCCCUCCCGACGAACUCCGCAAGCGACUGGAGACGCUCCAGCGCAGUCAGAGGUUCCUCACCGGUGAUGCCGACGCCGACGAGGGCUCUGCCGAGAACAACGCCACGUCACAAAAUGUCGACGCAACAGAAGAUUACGGUAAACUCGGAGCCUUCGUCAAUUUUCAGAGGGGCGGCCGAUCCAACGAGGGAUCAUUCCGCAACCACAUGCUGAGCUCCGCUCUCAACGACAGCUCUGAGCUCCAUCCGGAGGAGUCCCUGCAGGCGAGCACGCCCAAGCAGUAUCCCACUGUCCGAGUCGAGCGCUGGGACUCGGCCGAGAACCUCCCGGCUGGCAGCCCGGACCUUCCCCCUGCUCCCCAUCCCAGCCCUGAGAAGCGGCCUAUGCCCCCGCAGCCCGCCGUGGGUGGCAGCCCGCUGAAACUUUUCCAGCCUUACGACACUUUCACCAGUCAGACACUGCUGAGACGAGUGAGUCAAAUGCACGGAGAAGCUGGCGAGAGUUCUUUCUCGAUAGCCGUCGAUGGAAACAGCGGACAACAAGUGGAACACCCGGCUUGGUUGCGUCCUCCGGCGAGCGGACGCCGGAGCAGGGACCCGCCCUCCGCUUAUGCCAACCGGUUCGGCGCCGGAGAGCUCGAUGGAUACGAAUUCAAUGAGGACUUCUCUCACAUAACCAACGAUGUCUCCGGCCUGGACGGGGACAAGGAGAACCGUGGCCCGGCCGAUGAUUCCAUCCUUCCUCCACACCCCCCUAUCUUCGAUCUCACCCACACCUCGUCGCCAUCGGAAACAGCAGAUCUGGUGGUGAAUCGGCGGCGGCAAAAGUCUAUCAGCUCUCGCCCGCCACGGCGGCCUGGCAGAGCGUCGCUUCCGGCCUAUUCCGACCACCUCUCAGCACCGGGCGCCCGGAGAGACGCAUCAUAUUCAGACAUCAAGCGGCCGCGCACGUCGCCCACAAAAGAUCCUACCCCUAAACGACGCAGGACUCUCCAUAGAUCCGAUAUAUCGUACGGAACAGAAGAUGUCACCUCCGGGGCGGAUUCUAUCCAACUGGCGCGCCAGCAAAUGCAGUCGGCUCUUGCAAGGUUCCAGGAACAUACCCAGAACAGUGGCCAGUACGUCGAGGGAGUGGCCGGUGCGGCUGGAGGCCGCCAAUCGCUGCGUCCCCGGACUCCGACACCGAGUCAGCGAUCCUCGCAGCAGCGGGAGCGCCAGCCUCUUGCCGAGAUCGAGAGGUCGCCUGCUCGUUCCAGCAGGCACUCACAGCCUCCGGCGGCCGUCUCGGUGGGCGCCGCGGCGGUCGAGACCAACCGGAAGCCAUCCAUCAAGACCGAGGACUUUAUCAACGAGGCGAACAAGAUCAUGGCCAUGAUCCGCAGCAAGGCCGGCCUGCCAAGCGGACUCGCUAGCGUAGAGGAAUCGGACGAAGAAAAGGGCCAACCGUCGCCAGACCAGGAAGCAUCCUUCGAGGAAUCGACCCAGGAACGAUUCUCGCGGCCGCCCAGUCGCGAGGGACGCGCUCCCCUCAAGCGCCUGUCCGCAAAGCAGGAGGAUCCUGUGCUCGCCGAGCAGCUCAAGAAGUACGAAGAGGCCAGUGAUAUGGGUGACAUUCUCGCUUCAUCCGUACGCUUAGCUGGACGUCAGCAAGCCGCCCCUGCCGCCGAAGAACACGAGUCAGAAGCGCGGGCCGGCAAGCAAAGCCGAAACUCGGGUUCGGAGGCGGAGAUAGUCAGCGACCCACCCAACAUCCGCAUCUCUCGGAAUGCCGAUUGGCGAGACAGCCAGCCUGCAAAUGUCCCUGACAAUGGUGUGCCGUCCCAAGGCUCCGCCAGCUUCCCGACCCAGAGCACCGGGACGUUGUUCCCGUCUGGGUCAUCGAGGGGAUCGUCAAGAGGAUCCGAGGCGAGGAAAACGAUCAUGCCCGAAAGCGUGUCACACCUGAUACCGGACCAGGUUGGAAACAUGGUCCUGGACAGGCAGCGCAAUGUCUGGGUAAAGAGGAAGGGGUCGGCAGAGGCAGGAGGGAGUUUUGUGCAGUCCGAGGCCAGUGAGGAGGAUCCCUUUGCCGGGAUUCCUGACCUCUCCGUUGACGUCACAAAAGAAAUGCAAAACCUGCUCUUGACCGGCAAGAAGGAGUUUCCCCUUCAAGACCGACUCCCAGGCGCUAUGCAGGUCACCCCGUCGAAACCAGCCAGGGCGGCUUCGGCUACAAGGGCGGCCACGGACGCGGUGCCCGAGUCGCUGACCCACCGGCAACACGGGCACCCGAACCAGGCCGAAGAGGCUGUUGAGCAUGAAUUCCGCGUGAACGAGGGCCGCGUGAAGGAGCCUAGGCGACUCACCAUCACCUUCUCGUCCCCGGUUGCAUCCGUGAUCCAGGACGUCGCGGGCAUCGGUGAUACGGGAUCGGAGGAUAGCAUCCCUGACCAGGCUGCCGAAACGAUGCGCCGAGACCCACCAGCCCUAGGGGACCGGAGGACGGUAUCGGUCCACGGAGCGGCCAGGCACAAAUCUGGCCGGUCUCGCAGCACCUCACGCGGCCCGCCGCGUCACCUCUCCGUCAGGGGCCAGUCCUUGAUGGCGCGCCCCGUGUCCAGGAUCGACGAGAGGGACGAGGAGGCGAGUCCGGAUCGGUCGCAGGACCAAGAAGCUGCUUCUGGCAUGGAGCUCAGCGUUCUGGGAGACUUGAGCGUUGUCGGCCGCGAGGCAGACCACGGGCGACAAGCGAGCCUCAGUUUGCUCGUCGCUACCCCAACGCGGGCUCGAGAUUGCCCUGUUGCCGGCGUCGAUGCCGCCCCUGUCAUCAGCCAAUACGUCGGGACGUUCUCGCUCAGUCCGCUCUCCGAGUUCACGAUCCACCGUGCCGAGGAAACGCUGCCCCUGGAGGCCAGCUAUGUGGUUGAUAACCAUCGCUUUGUCACGGGCGACCAGUCCCGGCGUGUCAUGUCGGUGACCAUGCGCGAGCUCGUGGAUAAGCUCGCCGAGGUGGAACCCUUCGAGCCUUACUGGGAAGACAUGCGGGAGCUCGAGCUGCGCGACAAGGGCUUGAGCGCCCUGCACACCCUUGACGAGUUCUGCGGGCACCUGGAGAGCCUCGACGUGUCCAAGAACAAGAUUAGGAACCUUGGCGGCAUCCCUUCUUCGCUUCUUCAUUUGCGCAUGACGCACAACCAGCUUUCGAGCCUUACGGCGUGGAACCACUUGAUGAAUCUGCAGUACGUCGACGUCUCGAACAAUGAGCUCACCAGCCUGGCGGCGUUCAAGAACCUCGUCCAUCUGCGCAGCCUGAGGGUAGACAACAACCGGAUCACCAGCCUAGAUGGCAUCAAGUUCCACAAGGGCCUGCAGACGCUCCGCGCCCGCGGUAACCUCAUCGAAGAAGUCGACUUCGAGGGAAGCAAGCUUCAGCAGCUCACCGAGCUGGACCUCAAGGACAACCAGAUCACGCGAGUCGCCAACCUUGGCCAGCUGCCUGCUCUCACCUCGCUCAACCUCGAAGGCAACCAGCUCACGACGUUCGCGGUCGAGGCCAGCCAGCCGAUGCCGUCGCUCCGCUACCUCCGCCUCGCCGACAACAAGCUCACCACGCUCGCCGUCUCCCAGCUCCCGCACCUGCGCCUCCUCCACGCCGACCGCAACGCGCUCGUGCAGAUCGCCGGCCUGUCCCGGGCGCGCCGCAUCGAUAGCCUCUCGCUGCGCGAACAGCGCGGGGCGCGCCCGCUGGACCUGCCGCACCUGCUCGCCCGCGCGUACGAGGUCCGCAAGCUGUACCUGUCAGGCAACCUGCUCGGCUCGUUCGCGCCGCCGGUCGACCUGCUCAACCUGCAGCUGCUCGAGCUCGCCAACUGCGGCCUGGCCGCGCUGCCGGCCGACGUGGGCCUCAUGCUGCCCAACCUGCGCGUGCUCAACCUGAACAUGAACGCGCUGCGCGACCUCGCCCCGCUGCGCUGCGUGCCGCGCCUGAAGCGCCUGCUCGCCGCCGCCAACCGCCUCGCCGACCCCGUCGCCCUGGUCGCCCUGCUCGCCGGCUUCCAGCACCUCGCCGUGCUCGACCUAAGGGAUAACCCGCUCACGCAGGGCUUCUACGCACCGGUGCAGGUGCAGCAGGCGCGGGUGCACGUCCGCAACAACCACAACAACAACAACAGCAGCAGCAGCAGCAGCAGCAGCAAAGAGGAGGAGGCGGCAGCGGCAGAGCACGGGAAGGACGGGGACAGCGGCGUGCUCGGGGACGAGCAGUUCGUGCUGGGCGACCAGGACCCCGACCGCGACGCGCGCUACUGCGCCCGCCUGGACAUGGACACGCGCGUGCGGCGGCGGCUGUACGAGACCAUGAUCGGCAGCCGCUGCGGGAAGGUCAGGAUGCUGGAUGGUCUCCCGCUGGUGCACCAGAAGAGGAAAAAGACAAUGAAGGAGGGUGACGGCGGGGCCAACGGAGAGGAUGCCGGUGGUGCCCCCCUCCCGGAGGUGGUGGAGGAUGAUGUCGUCUGGCUUGCGAUGGCGGAGAAGGGGCUUGUCAAGGCCGCGCCCGCGCGGGUUGCGCAGGGGGAGGAGGAAACGGCAGCAGCGGCGGCGGCGGCUCGGAGUGCACGGUGGCCCGCUGAGGACAGCUUUGCGUGAGUGUCUCUGUGAGAGAGAGCUUGUUGGAGUUUCUGGUUUGUCGUCUGCUGCGGGCGUGUUGGUGUCUUGAUGGGCUUCACGGUGUUGACUCGGGUUUUCUUUCCACCCCGUUGUUCAUAUUCAUUCCCCUUGGUUGGCGGUAGGCGCGGCGGUGCCGGAGUGGGUGUUUACGGGGAAUCGCUUCUUGUUGUUUUCGGGUUUCACUAUUUGUACGGCUUGGGACGGACGGGCUCCCCGCUCGGGGAGGUGAAGGCUACAAGUACAGUACAGUACAGGACAGGACAGGAGAGUACCGGUCUGGUGUAUGGUUUAUUGUGCAUUGUACGGGUGGGUUUGGGGUAGAUCAGGAUAGUGGGUAACGGAGUA